AUUUGAGCCUUGCACCUCUCUCAAAAACUUUUGUUGCAGAGGGACAAUUCUAGGGUUUUCAGUAAAAUUAUACAAAUUCUCAAAAAAUUUGUACAUAAAACAUUUACGUAAAGAUGGUGGUGUCAACGGUUAUGUCCAUAUGCUUUCAAUUCAAUCUCAUUUCAAAUUCAAAUUCUAACCUUCAAUUCUAAUGACUUCAACAGCAAGUGAAUGGCUCGAAUUCACUCUCCCUUCCACACUCUUAAUUUUACCAUACUUUGUAUCCUUCUGAUCCUCACCGUAAACCCUAACUUUAUUUUGUCGUCGAUAAAUGACGAUGAUUUCUCGAUAAUUGAUUUCGAUACCAAUCUCUUCCACCAAGAUUAUUCUCCACCAGCCCCUCCUCCGCCGCCGCCUCACGCGCCGUCGGUGUCAUGCACUGACGAUCUUGGUGGCAUCGGCUCGCUCGAUUCCACGUGUCAGAUUGUCAGCGACUUGAACCUCACACGUGACGUGUACAUUGCCGGGAAGGGCAAUUUUGUAAUCCUACCCGGUGUCAAGUUCCAUUGCCCAAUCUCUGGAUGUUCGAUAAUCCUCAACAUAAGCGGUAAUUUUACUUUAGGCAAGGAUUCUUCUAUUGUGACGGGGGCUUUGGAACUCGUUGCUCAGAACGCAUCGUUUUUAAACAACUCAGUUCUGAACACAACUGGUUUGGCGGGAAAGCCACCACCACAGACGAGCGGGACACCCCAGGGGAUAGACGGGGCAGGCGGGGGACAUGGAGGGAGAGGUGCGUGCUGCUUGGUGGACGAUACUAAGUUGCCUGAGGACGUGUGGGGCGGAGAUGCGUAUUCGUGGUCGUCUUUGCAGACUCCUGAAAGUUUUGGGAGUAAAGGAGGGACUACCAGCAAGGAGGUAGACUAUGGUGGUGGUGGUGGUGGGAGGGUAAAGUUGGAAAUUACAGGGUUUGUAGUGGUAGACGGCAACGUUUUGGCUGAUGGAGGAGAUGGAGGGAACAAAGGUGGUGGUGGUUCUGGUGGCAGCAUUUUUAUUCAGGCUUAUAAAAUGACAGGAAGUGGUGUGAUUAGUGCCUGUGGUGGUAAUGGUUUUGCUGGUGGUGGCGGUGGAAGAGUUUCAGUUAAUAUUUUCAGCAGACAUGAUGAACCAAAAAUUUUUGUUCACGGUGGAAGUAGUUUUGGCUGUCCAGAAAAUGCGGGUGCUGCUGGGACUAUGUAUGAUGCUGUUCCUCGGACCCUUACUGUUAGCAAUCACAAUAUGACAACGGAUACAGAGACACUUCUUCUAGAGUUUCCUAACCAGCCUAUGUGGACAAAUGUUUAUGUUCGAAAUCAUGCCAGGGCUACUGUUCCCUUGCUUUGGAGCCGUGUACAGGUCCAGGGUCAGAUAAGCCUUUUGUGUCGUGGAGUGUUGAGCUUUGGGCUCGCUCAUUAUGCUUCGUCAGAGUUUGAAUUACUAGCAGAAGAGUUGUUAAUGAGUGACUCUAUAAUCAAGGUUUAUGGAGCUCUACGCAUGUCAGUAAAAAUAUUCCUAAUGUGGAAUUCUGAAAUGCUUAUAGAUGGUGGUGGAGAUGGAAUGGUUGCAACUUCCUUGCUUGAGGCUAGUAACUUAGUUGUUCUAAAGGAAUCUUCUGUCAUACAUUCAAAUGCUAAUUUGGGAGUUCAUGGACAAGGUUUAUUAAAUUUAUCAGGACCAGGGGAUUGUAUUGAAGCACAACGUCUGGUUCUAUCAUUAUUCUACGGUAUUCAUGUUGGACCUGGAUCUGUUUUGCGGGGUCCCUUGCAGAAUGCAACAACUGAUUCUGUUACACCGAGGCUGUAUUGUGAACGCCAAGAUUGCCCUAUUGAACUUAUUCAUCCCCCUGAAGACUGCAAUGUGAACUCGUCUCUGUCUUUUACUCUUCAGAUAUGUCGAGUUGAGGAUGUCAGUGUUGAAGGCCUUGUAGAAGGAUCAGUUGUUCAUUUCCACAGGGCAAGAACUAUAUCUGUUCAGUCUUUAGGAACGAUAAGUGCAUCUGGGAUGGGCUGCACAGGUGGUGUGGGUAGAGGUAAUGUUCUGAGCAAUGGUAUUGGCAGUGGUGGUGGGCAUGGUGGUAAAGGUGGCCGUGGAUGCUUCAAUGGUAGCUGUGUUGAAGGAGGUUUUUCUUAUGGAAAUGUUGAUUUACCCUGUGAACUUGGAAGUGGAAGUGGAAAUGACAGCUUAGAUGAUUCUUCUGCUGGUGGUGGUAUUAUAGUAAUGGGUUCGUUUGAGCAUCCUUUGUCUAGUUUGUCCAUAGAAGGCUCAGUUACAGCUGAUGGAGAAACUUUUGGAGGAUCUUUCAUUAAGCAAAAAUUUGCUGUUAGAGCAAGUUCAAGCAGAGGUCCUGGUGGUGGUUCUGGUGGAUCUAUACUUCUUUUUUUGCGAACGUUGGACGUUGGUGAGUCUGCUACUCUUUCAAGUGUUGGUGGUUAUGGCAGCUCCAAGGGUAGCGGUGGAGGAGGUGGUGGGAGGAUUCACUUUCAUUGGUCAGACAUUCCAACAGGAGAUGUAUACCAGCCCAUUGCAAGUGUGAGAGGAAGCAUCCACACCGGGGGUGGUUUUGGUGGCCAUGACGGUGGUGAUGGAGAAAAUGGAACCGCCACUGAAAGCUGCCCAAAAGGGCUUUAUGGGAUAUUUUGUGAGGAAUGUCCUGUUGGCACUUAUAAGAACGUUACUGGAUCUGAUAAAUCUCUUUGUCAUCACUGUCCUGCUCAUGAGCUUCCCCAUCGUGCAGUUUAUAUUUCUGUCCGAGGUGGUAUUGCCGAAACACCUUGUCCUUACGAAUGCAUUUCGGACAGAUAUCACAUGCCACACUGUUAUACAGCCCUUGAGGAAUUGAUUUACACCUUUGGGGGGCCUUGGCUAUUUUGUCUUCUUCUCAUAGGUCUCCUUAUUCUCUUGGCGCUGGUGCUUAGUGUUGCCAGAAUGAAAUUUGUUGGGGUUGAUGAAUUACCAGGCCCAGCUUCCACUCAACAGGGCUCUCAAAUAGAUCACUCCUUUCCUUUCCUGGAGUCACUGAAUGAGGUUUUGGAGACAAACAGAGCUGAGGAGUCCCAGAGUCACGUGCAUAGAAUGUACUUUAUGGGUCCUAAUACUUUCAGUGAACCCUGGUACCUCCCUCAUACUCCCCCAGAGCAGAUAAAAGAGAUUGUAUACGAGAGUGCAUUUAAUACAUUUGUGGAUGAGAUAAAUGCUAUUGCCGCUUAUCAUUGGUGGGAGGGUGCAAUGUAUAGCAUUCUUGCUAUUCUUGCAUAUCCCCUUGCAUGGUCCUGGCAACAAUGGCGAAGGAGGAUGAAACUGCAACGAUUACGUGAAUUUGUUCGAUCAGAAUAUGACCAUGCUUGCUUACGUUCAUGCCGUUCACGAGCUCUCUAUGAAGGGCUUAAGGUAGCUGCAACUUCUGAUCUAAUGCUAGCAUAUUUGGACUUCUUCCUUGGCGGAGAUGAAAAGAGAUCAGAUCUUCCUCCUCACCUCCAUCAAAGAUGUCCAAUUUCAAUGAUAUUUGGUGGUGAUGGAAGUUACAUGGCUCCCUUCUCACUUCAAAGUGAUAAUAUUCUUACCAGCCUAAUGAGCCAGGCUGUCCCACCAACCACUUGGUAUAGACUGGUGGCUGGUUUAAAUGCACAAUUGCGCUUAGUUCGUCGUGGAAGGCUAAGAGUAACAUUUCGACCUGUCCUAAGAUGGCUUGAAACUCAUGCCAAUCCUACUUUGAGAGUCCAUGGCGUACAUGUUGAUCUUGCCUGGUUUCAGGCUACCACUUGUGGUUAUUGCCAGUAUGGACUUUUGGUGUAUGCUAUGGACGAAGACACUGAGUCUCCCCACACUGAAAGUACUGAAGUAGGAGGAAUUGAGCAACAUUUAAAGAGCAUACGAGGGGAAAAUCCAUCUGGUCUUUUGAGUGAUGAUAUGCUUUUAAGUCGAGCCCAAAGAAGCUGUGAAAAUUUUAUGAAGCGAAAAAGGAGUUAUGGAGGGAUUAUAGAUACUAACAGCUUACAAAUGCUUGAAGAGAAGAGAGACAUAUUUUACUUUCUCUCUUUUAUUGUUCAUAAUACUAAGCCUGUUGGCCACCAGGACCUUGUUGGUUUAGUGAUCUCAGUGCUACUUCUAGGAGAUUUUAGCUUAGUGUUGCUUACGUUGCUUCAGCUGUAUUCAAUUUCUUUGGUGGAUGUUUUUCUUGUUUUGUUUAUCUUACCUUUUGGCAUUCUUCUUCCUUUUCCUGCUGGAAUCAAUGCUUUGUUCAGUUUUGGACCAAGGCGUUCCGUAGGUCUAGCACGAGUUUAUGCUUUGUGGAAUGUUACAUCCUUGAUUAAUGUGGGCGUUGCUUUCCUUUGUGGAUAUAUUCACUAUAACCGUCAAUCAUCUCCUAAUAAGAGACUUCCGAACUUUCAGCCGUGGAAUAUUAACAUGGAUGAAAGUGAAUGGUGGCUUUUUCCGGCUGGACUAGUUUUGUGUAAAAUUCUCCAAUCACAGCUUAUUAAUUGGCAUGUUGCCAAUUUGGAGAUUCAGGAUCGAUCAUUGUAUAGUAACAAUUUCGACCUCUUCUGGCAGUCAUGAUGAUAUACUUCUACAAGAUAUAUUCCACUUUUAACAGCCUUUUUUGUUCAGUUUCAAUUGGUCUCUUUCUGUAUGUUCUUUGAGAGUACUAGGUGAGUGGCUGACACAGUAGAAAUAGAAAAAAGGAAAAGAACAAAAACAAUAACCCAAAAAAAUCAAGAAACAAAAUGAAGAUAUAAAUACUAAAUAGAGGCAGGCAUUCAUUCAUGUAAUUCCUGAGGGAUGCUGAAGUUCUUUUUUCUUUACUAUUUUGUUAAAAAUUCAAUGUAAAUAUUAAAUAACAAAUGGGGGCAUACCCAUAUGCUUCAGGGAGUUCA